UUCCAUGCAGCUCCUCCUCGAGGGGGUCGCGGUGACUGAGAGCCCCCACCCCCUCGUCUCUCUCUCUCGCUCUCUCCCCCCCGGCUCCUCCUGCGCCCGCCCCGGCACCGAUUGUUGACAAAAGACGCUGCAAGACGGAGCGAAGGAGACUGGUCCUGGUGAGCUUCUCUGCCCGCUAACUUGACUUCUUUCCCCCCACAGUGUGAGGAGCGGAGGACCGGGUGGAGGGGAGCAGGGGUUUAGGGGAACGAGGGCUCUGUCGUUCCUAGAAAACCUUGAGUCACAGCGGGCUGCUUUGUGUCCGUAGAGGAGUGCAUGUAGCCAAACGUUAGCCGUAGUAACGCUGCGGGGUCGAUCCCCUCCUCCCCGCCGCCCCCGUGUGAUUCACUAUCAUAUGACGCUCAUUUCUGUCUGCAGCCCGGGGUCGAUUAUGACAGCUUUCCGUCUCUCUUUGUGCCUUUGUGUGUCCCCUCUCUGGAAGGUGUGGCCGAGGUGAUUCUGUUGUCGGUGGUGGUCGGACCGCAGCAGGCCGGCGUGAACUGGACCCCUCCUCCUCCUCCUCCUUCCCCCCUCUCCUCGCUCCUUCCUGAAAACCACCCGUGAUUGGUAUUUACCGACAAAACCAGCGGCCAAGAUGGGUCAUCCACUGUGAGAAAGGGCUCCGGACCAGCGCUAAGGGAGGAGAAGGCGGCGGCCUCAGGCAGGUCUACUCAGCCGGGAAUGGUGUGAGCUGAGACGGCCAGGCAGUCUGGAUCUGACUGGGGACUCGUCAUUCCCCCGGAGCCUCCGCGGCCCAAAGCCGCGUCCUGAGCCCUCCAAGAUGGGGAAGUGCGACGGAAGAUGCACGCUGCUGGUGAUCUGCUCGCUGCAGUUGGUAAGUAUGUGUGUGUGUGUGUUUGUGUGUGUGUGUAUGUGCACGGCUGAAGCUGCCUCUCUCAGCACAAAGAUAUAAUUAGAGCAGCGUGCUUCAGACACGCACAUUGUAAUCAGACAUUUUUCCUCCAGCCUCUUCGUACAGUCAGAGCGAAAAAAAGCUUGGAGCUGCAGCUGCUGGGGUGCCAUGCCACAUUACAGACCAGGGUGUGUGUGCCUUUGAAGCAGGGGGAGCAGGGCAGGGGGCGCUUUGGUGUCAGGGUGGUCAAGAGAGAGAGAGAGAGAGAGAGAGAGAGAGAGAGAGAGAGAGAGAGAGAGAGAGAGAGAGAGAGAGAGAGAGAGAGAGAGAGAGAGAGAGAGAGAGAGAGAGAGAGAGAGAGAGAGAGAGAGAGAGAGAGAGAGAGAGAGAGAGAGAGAGAGAGAGAGAGAGAGAGAGAGAGAGGUGGUGGUCCCGUCCUGGCAAAACCAUGUGAAUGUUAAGCAAGAGGGACAAGGAGGCCCUGUCCACCAUCUGGUCUCCAUUCUGGGUACAAAGUUAGCUGCUCCUUGUUCUACAAAUAGCUAGAGACCAUCACUCUAAAAUGUAAUAAGAGUGUAAUGUGAGACUGUGGUGGGAUGAUGUGAACAUGGUCAGCAGUGAGGGACUUGUUGUUCAGCCCUUUGUUUGAUGCCUGGUUGUUUAGGGGCAGGAGGAUUCAGCCCAUAGAUUCUCAUUAGUUUGGGGGAGCUUUUGGGGGGAUGCUCCUCUUUUUACAGUCGCUGGACUGGCUGGUGCUCCAGGCAGUUACCAUGGAAACAACUGCGGCAGACCUGUGUAUGUGUGUCCCUGUCACUGUGUGUGUGUGUUAGAGACCUUGAUUACUAGUGUGUAUAUGUAUAUGCAUGUGUCCUCAGUUGUGUGUGUCUGUCUAUGUGUGUGGUAUGUGUGUUAAUCUUUUGCUCUAUUAUGUGUGUGUGUGUGUGUGUGUGUGUGUGUGUGUGUGUGUGUGUGUGUGUGUUUAUAAAUUAACAGCCCCUCCCUCUGUCCCCUAGGUGGCAGCCCUCCAAAGGCAGGUGUUUGAUUUUCUGGGCUACCAAUGGGCCCCCAUCCUGGCCAACUUCCUGCACAUCAUGGCUGUCAUCCUGGGCAUGUUCGGCACGGUGCAGUUUCGCUUCAGAUACCUCAUCUUUGUGAGUCCAGGCCUCUGUUUGUCUGUCACUGAUUAAACAUAAGUUUGAGUUUUUCCUUUUACACAGAAACUGAUGAGUGUGUGUAUGUGUGUGUUUGGCAGUAUGCAGUAUGGCUGGUCCUGUGGGUGGGCUGGAACUCCUUUAUCAUCUGCUUCUACCUGGAGGUUGGAAACCUGUCUCAGGUGGGUUCUGUGUGUUUAAUUUCAGAUUAGUAUUUCUGAAGUAACUUGAAACACUUUUAUACACACUCCUGUAAUGGGUAGGGUUGGGUUGAGAAACAUCUUGUUCUCUUAUCAUUAUUAACACAUCAUAAACAUUUUGCAUUUAACAUCUUUGCAUCUGCACAGUUUGUUGCAAUUUCAUUGUAAUUGUGAUAAGAGUAUUUGCAUUGAAUGCAUCACAUAAGUUUGAACUUAAAGUUCCUCUAUCUCAAAGCCUUUGUGUGACAUUUAAAAGAGAACAAGAACAUUAAUAACAACACUGAUCAUUUUUAAAAUGUAAUUUUUCAUGCUUUAUAUCAUUGCAAAGGGGGGAAGGUGUCAGCCAAGCUGCCAAAGAAACAGCUUUAUACAAAAAAGCAAUGCUUUGUUUCCGAUUGGAUUAACGUGGCUUUGUUUUUACACCUCAACUUAGACCCAUUUUAUCUUUUCCCCUGACUAUUUUUCUCACUUGUAUUAUUUGUUAGAAAAACUCCACUAAGAUUUUGAGGUUAUAUCUAACUCAAAAAUGUUUUGAGUUAGGUGUAACGCCUGUAAAGUAGAUGAUCUAAAGGUCUUUGGUGUCAAGCUUAUCAUCUGUUUUGUUCAGAAGUUGAUUGCAGUAUGAAAAAAACCCUGACCUGUAAAAAGUUCAGAAAAUAAUCACUUUCUCAAUCAACAGAUUACUUUUAAAUAGGGCUAGGCGAUAAAACGAUUACGAAAUUUAUCGAAAAUUAAUUUCCCUCGAUAUCAAUAUAAAUCAUGGUCAAUAUCCUUUUCAAUAGUUGGCAUUCCGCCAUGUUUUGGUAGACUAUACAAAUAGCCAUGAAAAGGGGAGUUGCUCUGGGUCCACUUCGCAAUCAUGUGCUGAAAUAGAAACAGGUAGCAAACAACUGCGUAGUAGCAGGCUACAGCUAGCUGUUGGCGAGAAAAAAAAGAAAACGAAUGCUACCCCCGACAGAAAUGCAGAUGAAGGCUUAGCAGAUGAGGACAUCGUCGACAACACUGGCACAAAAACGUCGGUGGUGUGGAGGUAUUUUUUGAGGUCAGACAUGAAGCAGAGUAAUGUGCACUGCAAAUUAUAUCAUGUACAUGCACUAGCAAAGUCGGGGAAUACCUAAAAUCUUUUUCACCACCUGAAGCAGUGCCACAUGGCAGAGCAUGCAAAUUGCACACGGCUACAAACCCUGAGUGGAUCAAGGAGCCCAUGGUGCCGAAACAGCUGACCAUUCAGUCCACUGUAUCUGUCGUAAAGUUACGAGAAAACAUCAUAGAGACACAAAGACCUGACAGAUGCAGUAGCUUAUUGUAUUGCAAUAGACAUUCUACCGGUUAGCACUGUUAAAUUUGUUUUUUUUUAUCGUGAUAUAUAUCGAUAUCGACUGAUAUAAAAACAAUAUAAUGUAUCGUAAUGAACUUUUUCCCAUAUCACCAAGCCCUACUUUUAAACAACUCAUCAUUAAAAUUCUUCUUUUUAACUGAAAUUGGAAAAAAAGUGCAUUUUAAGUUUGAAUCAUUCUUAUUUACGCUUAGAUGAAGAUUGCCUGAACGAAUAAAAUAAAUGAAACCCCCAUUUCCAAAAUAAUAAAGCAGCUUAAGACACAGAACUAAUUGUUAGUUUUUGAAAACUAUUGAGAAAGAGUCCAACAGAUUCGUUACUUACCUGCUGGGAAACAACAGCCUGAAUAAACAGGAAAAAUUAUAAAGGAAUUAGGGGGUACAUUGUGCUGGGAUUUCUAAUGAAGGCAAAGGCACAACCUACGUAACAUAAACAGGUGUGAAUCAGUCAUUUCUUGUAACAAUGAUGUACAAAAAUUCCCUGCUGAGUGUCAUUAAAAUUCUGCUGAAAUGUCAAUAAACCCUGCUCAAGACGCCAUCCUACUAUACCGUGUUUGAAUGGGGUGAAGAGGAAGUGACCUAUUGAACAGGACAUCUUUGGCUUGAGCCUGAAUAGGGUUAUUGAUUUAGUGGAAAACAUUUUAAGAAAAAAUAUGGAAACUGAUAUUGAACAAAUUACGACUCAAAGAGGUCACAUCAUGAGUAAAAAAGAUAACUCUGAGUUAGACCUACUUUUGUCCGGUAGAGAUGUGUGUCAUCAUCUUGCAUUGUGACCGUUUAGUUUUACCUCGUGACCCUUUAGUGUGAUCCCUGGAUAAAAUAACAUAAAAUGUAAAUACAACCAAAUAUGAUGUAUUGUUCAGAUAUUUUGCGGAUACACAAAUUAUUGAAACUGUUUUUUACCAACACAUUAACAUUAAGUCAAGGCUUUAAUAAUACUUUUCUGAUUGUAUGUAUGCGCUCAGGACAGGGACUUUCUCAUGACAUUCAACACAUCCCUCCAUCGCUCGUGGUGGAUGGAGCACGGUCCUGGAUGCCUGGUAACGCCAGUGCUAGACUCUCACAUGGCCCCUGACGACCACCAUGUCAUCACUGUGUCUGGGUGUCUCCUUGACUACCAGUACAUAGAGGUGUUGAGUUCGGCCAUACAGGUCCUUCUUGCUGUAUGUAUCUACCCACACACUCUGCCUUUAGAUGGACUUGGUUUUGUCAGAUAAACAGUCCAGUUUUCUCAUGUCUGACCGUCUUUCUUCUUCAGCUCUUUGGUUUUGUGUACGCCUGCUACGUGAGCAAAGUUUUCCAGGAUGAUGAGGACAGCUGUAAGUAUUUGCUCUUCUUUUAAAGUCUGCUCAUCCUCCUGCAGUGUCUCCUCAGCUGAUCAGAUUUACUUAUAUCACACUAUCACGGCGGCUUUAGUGUCAGUGAUCCACAUCUUUGAUUGUUAGCGCUCAUUCUUCUCUCCUGCUCGAGUCAUGCUGAGUCUCUGUCACCACAGAGGAUUCCCUGUGGCGGAUCUGAGCUCCAUCUGUGGGGAGUAUUAGAGAUGUCUGCUGGAAUAUUCCCUCCGAGUGUCCGUCUGUCUGCAGCUGAGUUCUAGUUUGUCUGCCUGGUUGUGCCAUCUGGGUGUCUGAAUGGGCCGUCUCCUUGAGUGCCUCCUGUGUGUUUCACUUUCGCUCAAUGGAGGAAUUAAGUCCAUAGUUAGAAUAUGAUAUCAUAGGAGAGAGGCAAUGACUUAGCAGCAUUAUAUGUGGUGUUAGAGUGCAUGUAAUAACACUGCUGGUAGAGAUGAUCCGAUUUUAACAUGAAAUGUAAAUAUAAUGCAUCUAUGCUAUAUCCCACCUAUGUUAUAUUUUGAGGUAAUUGAAUUAUACUCUUACUAAGGCUGUUAUGAUGUCAGAUUUUCACCUUACAAAUAUCAUGGCCUUAAAAUAUCACACUUAUAACAUUAUUGAGGUAUGUGCAGAGAUUAUCUACAUUGCCAGUCCCUCAAAUAAGUAUCUUUUGGAGGAGAUAUAGCUUUAAAAAAACUAUGCUUUUAUUUUGAUUUCUCUGCCUAGUGCUUUGGUUGCCUUAUUGCCUACCCUGUAAAUCUGUGCUUUUAUUUUGAAGUACACCACUUGUAGUAGAUAGCGUACUUAUGUAGCCAUAACAGUGAAAAUAACGGUUGUAAAUGCUCAAUUGAUGAAUAACCUUAGGAGACACAAGCUCUUAGACUGUUUUAGAUACAUAAUUAAUCUUUGAAUGUCAGUAUUUGAAGUAAUUAUCACUCAGAGGGUCCCUAACAGUUAGCUAGUUGGCAGCUAAGGCCUCAUCUCUUCUCCAUUUUAUGGCACGUGGAAACUGCUAUAAGACUUUUGAAUGGAAAAAUAACAAACUUUACAAGCACCUGUCAUGUUUAUAAGUUUGCCAUUUCACAAUAUUUACAUUUGUUAAUCUAAUUAUAUCUACACAGUUGAAAUGAGUAUCAGGUUGUGAAUCAAAGCUGGAGGACAUCUGCCUCACGUUUCCGCCCCAAAAGAAGUAAUUUCAGUUACAAAAACACAAACUUUAGUAUCAGUUUUUGGUUCUGUCUUCUUGAGAAAUUUUGUGUUGUAUCUAUGUAUAAACCAACACAGUUUAGCUCUCUUACUUGAUUGAGAAGGAGUAGAUUUAUGUAUCAGUGACAGUGACAUGAAGGCAGUAGGAGAUGAUGUAUUACCUGCACCUGUAGAGGUGUACUGAGAGCCUUAUCUGAUGACUUGAGGGAUUUUUACUGUCAAAACAGAAAUUGAUCUUGAAAUGUGAGACUUUCUAAAUAUAUAAAAGAUUCAAAGGAAUGUGAAAUGAUGUCAUUUCCCUCUCUGUCUCCUGUUUAAAGUUGAUUUCAUUGGUGGCUUUGACUCAUAUGGAUACCAGCCUCCUCAGAAGUCGUCCCAUCUGCAACUGCAGCCUCUUUACACGUGAGUUACUGAAAGCUCAUUUAUUUUCUUUUGUAUCUGCUUCAACAUAAAUAAAAGAAAGGAUUUCCUGAGAUGCAGUCCUCGACAUUUUUGAAGUACAUUUUCCAUUCAUUCACUCAGGGUAUCUGAAUAAUUGUAAAUCUAGGGAAGCCCUGAGCUAGUUCAGAGUUACACUAAAUAAAUACACUUAACAAAGGAGGUAAGAGUGCACCAGGUAUAAAUGUAAAACAGAUUUAAAGCAAUCAGUUUGCUCACAGCCGAGUCAAAACAUGUAGGCAUAUUUGUUUAAUUGUCUUUAUAUCAGGCACAGAUGCAUGAGACAUCGCUGUAUAUAGUGUAUAUAGAAUAGAUGCCGUGCAUACAGGUUUCUAGACAUGCCUCAUUUACAACGCCUGUUAGGGCAAAUAGAAAUUACCGAGUCUGCUUCUGUUUUAUUUUUAUCAAAACAACAUCUUUGCAACUGUUUUUUGGGUGGGAAUUUAGGGGAAGUACCGGUAGAACAACAACAGUACAUACAUGUAGCAGCUGUAAUUUAUUGCUUAUGUGCAAGCUUUGAUAAAACUCAUGUAUUUAUUGCACAUCAUGUCAUCAGUGCUAUGUCUGUAUUUUAUCACAGAUAACUCUUGUAUUUUGUAGGCCAAGAAGUCUACUAUCACUAUGAAUUUGUUACCAGAAGGAAAAAUCUGCAUAAGUGGCAGAGUUCAUGCAGAUGAACUAAAAUGCAUUUUUACUAACAGUGUGUGAUCUCCUCCCUUCUGUACCCCCAGGGCUGGAUAACUGCUGGUAGCACCCCCUUCAGGCCAAACCCUGACAGUGUCACUGUGGAUGGAUAGCAGCGGCGGUUGCCUUGGUUACACUCACUCUGUGUUUCACAGUUUACCCGAGGAACAGACUUAACCCCACCCAGAGGAAGUGACUUUUCUGCGUGUAUGUGCGCGUGUGUGCCCGUGUCCGAGAAAGAGAAAUCCAGCCCUGAUAAGAAUGUAUGGAGCUCAGGGAAGAACCAGCAUGCCAGGUGGUGUGAGGAGGGAGGGAGGGAGGGAGGUGGGAAGGGAGGGAGGGAGGGAGGGAAGAGGAGGAGCUGGGGACACCUCUGUGAAAUCACUGAGGACACACUUCACUGAACUGCCAGCUCUCAACACUCCCACAAGUGUGUGUGUGCAAUGUGUGUGUAACUCAACAGGACUUGGCUGGUGCUUUGUGGUAGCACCCUGGACUUCUACCACUCAAUAUCCCAGUGUUUUUUAUUUUCUUUUAUUAUUUUAUAAUUUUGAGAGCUCGUGUGUGUGUGUGUGUGUGUGUGUGUGUGUGUGUGAGUCGGGCAGGGGCUGGGGAGGAGGGUGGGGGUCACAUUAUAAAAAGAGGCACAGCUUGUACCUGUUGUCGUUUUAGAGUGUGGUGAUGUCAAACUAGAGCAGUCUUACGGUUUCCUUUCCCAAAGCCAUCUUUAUAUCCUCUCACACUGUUUGGUUUUACUGUUGUCGAUCAAACUAUUUAAAUUAAAGCUAAAGUCUGAUGAGGCAACAAAGCUGAGCUAGUAAGACUAAAAUAGAUGAACCAUUUAAAGGAUCAGGCCGGUAAUAUUUAUGUUCUUUAUAUGCUUGAGCAAAACUGUUGAUGUGCUCAUCUGUCUAUGGGUACUUUUCCGGCUUUUCGUGUCUCUCCCUUAAACUUGUUUAGUCCUAGAGCUGUAGAUCUUAAAGAAAGCACAGAAAAUUACUGAUUAAAUUUUUAAAAAAAGCCUUAAAAGCAUCCUGACGUAGCUGGGCAAUGCCGCCUUCGGCAAAUGUCCCUCAAACAGAAGUUUAGACUGCUUUGAUUGCAGGUUAUUUAAAGCUGCACUUCUGCUGCAACAGACAGUAUUUGCAACAACUAGAUGGUAUUUGUGGUGUAAAUCAAACAAUUAUGACAUGAUUAUGGGGGAACAUGCCACUAAUUACAGGUUGGGAAGGAAAUGGAUGUCAAAAAGUAAUUUACUGCAAAACAAAAAAAAAUUGCUUAACUAUUACCAGCCUUACCCUUAUAGUUCAGAUUUACUGCAAAAAUCCUGCAAAACGUCCAUGUCUGGGGUGUUGUUGUUUUUCAGGAAAGUAGAAUAAGCAGCCUCAACAUGUAAUUCAGCCGAUUAGGGAUGCAGAUGGCUUUGGGAUCAGGCAUUAGUGUGUCUUUUGGUGGGGGGAGCAGGGGAGAUACUGUGCAUGUAAAUAACCAGCCAAUGAUUGUUUUGUUGGUUCCAUUUAGAGAAAAAAAAAAGUGGGAGGUGGGGGGGUUGCAUUAGGGGGUUGGGUCUGGCCGUGGGAAGAAGGUACACAUCAAAGCUUUCCUUCAUAUCUGCUUUUUUUCUUCCCUCUUUCUUCCCACUGCAGUUCCUCUACCCUUUAGCUACACUCACCUGAUCAGAGAGGGAGCUGGGUCAUAAAAGAGACCCCACAGGGAAAUUUACUGUAGAUAUAACAGACAUGUGCAGCAACAUGCUUUCAGUAGUUUUUGAAGAUUCUCAUCGGGGCAGGAAGAGGGAAGAACGAGACAGGUAUGAGGUGAGGACCUGAAUGAGUGUAAGCUACAGUUUGAAAUAAUAAAAAUACACUUUCUACAGUAAACAGACUGUUGUUGUGAUCUGCUGACACAUAAACAUCAGUGACGUAGAGUUAAAUAAAAUAAGUGCUUUGAUUCCUGUUGUUGAUUACAUUAUAUUUAUAUCUGGAUUAUGCUGUACAAAAUUAUAAUUUGAACAGAUUGGAAGAUUGUAGAAAUAAUACUUUACAGUAAUUUUAUAUUGCACAAAGACAGUUUAAUAUGUCAGGGUUAUAUGAUGCAUUUAAUGGAAACAGAAAAUAACAAAACAGAACAAUGAUAAUAUUGAUAUUUGUUGUUAUAUUUAUCGCACUGUGACCCAUUCACUCAAUUUAAUUCAAACGCUAUGACGCUGAUUUCAUCAAUGUGGUGAUUCAUUUCUAAGUAGUCAUGUUCUACUCUGACAGAAAUAGCUCCUCUACAUUCAUAAAGUUUGCUUUUUAAAAAAGCUGCUUUCAGCUCUGAGGAAAUUGUAAUUUCUACAGUUCUUCAAUGUUUUUUCAAUGUAUUCUGUUACACAAGGCAGUCUGAUGCUUUGGGGCUUUUUCAGAGCCCUAAAAAUCACAUUAACAAAAAAAAGAACAUUGAAAGGAAACAUUAAUAGUUAUAUUAUCAGGGUUAAAUAAGUUUAAUGUGCAAAAAUGAAUUCUAAUCUGAAUAUAUUAGGUAAAUAGCCACCAUCCACAGGAGCAGCUCAAAUUGAAUGUUAAUUUCUACAAAAUCAACCAUCUCAAAACAUUGGACUAUUGUGGAAAAGUCCAGUUUCUUGUCAGUUCUGUCAGCUCUGAAAAGAACUCCAAUCAGCUGAUCUCCUCUGAACACCUGCAAAAGUUUACCAAGCCUUUAUUCUCUCACUCUGACUCGGUACACACAACUACAAUCAUGGUCCGGACUGUUGACCUGUUGUCCAGAAGACCAUUUACACACACACACACACACACACACACACACACACACACACACACACACACACACACACACACACACAAAAUCUAAGGUGCCUGAAGUCCACUUACAGUUUCCACAGUCUUUGAUGAUUUGAGGUGCCAGGUGAUGUGCUGCUGUUGAUCUGCUGUGUUUUAUCAAGUCCAGAGUCAAAACAGCCUAAAGUCUACCAGGAGAUUUAGAGACCAUAGUAUCUGCUGAGAAGCUUUAUGGCGAAACCGAUUUCCUUUUCCUGCCAUAACUACCACAAACUGGUUUGCUGAGCAUGGUAUUACUGGUUUGACCUGAACUCCACUGAGAAGAAGACAAGAGACACCAUUGCAACAAUAACAGACGAGCUGAGGGAGCUAUCAGAGCAACCUGGACUUCACUAACACCCUAGCAGAGCCACAGACUGAUGGCCUCCAUGCCACACAAAUGGAGCCCUGAUCAUUUUUUAUUGGUGUUUUAUAAAAUUCUAAUGUUUUAAAUAGUGGAGUCUUAAUUUUCAUGUGCUGUAAGCGAGUCUUUAAGUAUUUCACUUUGAAUGUGAUGAGUCAGAAUAAAUUGAAGUUUCACUUUUUUAAUAAAAUUAAGGGGGGGAAAUGAACUUUUUGAGAUCAUUUUUCAUAAUUUGUUAAGUCGCAUCUGUAGGAUUAAUUCUGCCUGAUUGGAAAGCAUAAGUAUGUUAAACAGCCUGCCCUGAAUAUUUUCAAUUAAUCACUGUGGAUUUUCGUGCAGGGCUGCCAUAAUGUGGCAGCAUUACGUCAUGCACACACAGGCUGGGGACCGUUUGCCGCCUGUCUGCAGUAUCAGGGUCUCUGCCGACACAAUCCCAACAACCUGAGGGGUGUCACUGCAACUUGAGCCACACUCGCCCCUUUUUGCACCGUUACAUACCGGAGGUGUAACGGAGCGACGAGCAGUCACACACCCGCUGACCGUGUGUCGCAGCGCGUUGCCAUGGCUGCCAAGCACCUCGUUACCGAGGAGACCCCGGUACAUUGUGUACAGUUACCCAAGGUUCAAACAUUUAAUAUCCCCUUAUUCAAGCAAGUCAUUAUCUUAUAUUAUAGCCCUCCUUUCAUGAGUUGUAAGGCAAAAUAAGACUAUUGUGAUAUUUUACUGCUUUCUAUUAUUCUUUUAUUUUGCAGUAUAUAAAAGCGUCAUACUCACGAACGGUUGUAAUGAGCGUUUUUUUACACGCUACUUUUAACCACAAAAAUAACGUGAAUAAAAUCAAAUUAAUAAGCAUUAUAAAUACACUUCUCAUUACAAACAGACUAGACACAUAACAAAGAGACCCGUCCGGUAUGACCCUCCCUCCC